AUGUCUCAAAUACCACAGCAGGGUUUUGUGCCUGAAAAGGUUCAGGAAUUUAAUCGUAGAACAUCCCAAGACGUUACCGAGUCGUCAAAAAGGAAUCCCCAAGACGGUUCAAAGAAGGAACCCAAUCAGAACGAUACGGAUAAACCGAACGAUAAACCCAAACCUGAUGACAAAUUCAAAGCUGAAACAAGCAGCCCAGCUCGUCAAAGCCAAGAUAGCAAGAACCCUUUUUCACCGCAUUUUUAUAGAAGCAGCAGACCACAUGGACAUUUCGAAAUGGGUCCAAGAGGACUAGACUAUUCUCCCCAUCGUGUUGGACUGGAAUUUUCCAAUCGUCUCCGAGAUUAUGGACCUCAGAGGUCGACUUCGAUUCAUGGUCAUGAGCUAACCGAUGGACCUAUCCCGAUGAAGCCAGAAUAUCUGGGGCAUAGAAGCCAUUAUGGAAGUCAGAUUGUUCCGGGUGGUAUUAACCACCCAGACGUGGUCUUUCGUCAGGAUUACUAUGGGCAGGUUGGUUUUUCUCCACCACGAGCUUCAAGAUUUUCAUCCCAAGAGUAUUUAAACGCUCCAGCGCAGUAUGGGAGAUGGCCAGACUACAGAGCAGAAUAUAGACAACGUCGAAGAUCUCAGCAAGAUCUCCAUUCUAUUGGACAUAGCCCAGAAUCAGGUAUUUUUCUAUUAUUUUAG